AGGAAGAAUUGAAGCAAUCUCAAAAGAAAAGAAGGGAAUCUGGAUCCUUCGUCGGAUCGUCAAAGAGCUUAGAGGGGAGCUCUACGCUUCACUGGCCAUGCAAAGCAGGGAGAGUGACGGAGGCGGAGGCACUGCUGGCUGCUGGAACGGACAUUAACAAGCUGGACAGAACGCAGUUUAACCCUUUCAUGGACGCGAUCAACUCAGGACAGGUCGACUGUGCUAGAUGGCUGCUGAGGCAAGACGGUUUAAAGCUUCAGACCGAGAUAUGGUCGUUUUGUAGGGAGAGGGUGCUAGAGUCAUUGCUAACAGCUUAACAGAAGGUAGGGAGAGCGAUCCAUGGCUGUCCCGAUAGACCCACUCAGACUCCUGCCGGAAGAUACUCCUCCGGUUGAUCCAGAUGAGACAGUUCUAGCAGAUGAUCAGUUACAGACUGAAGAACAUAUCCCACAGAUCAAUGCGUCAACAUCUGCAAAUGAAGCUGAUAUCAGAAUCGACAUGAUGAUGGUACUACACGAGAUGCUCAUGGAAAAGGUCUCCGUUUGCUUUCCUCCUCCCACGAGCAGUACAAAGUGUGGGUUCAACUUUAAUCUGAUAGAAGAUAUCGUAUGCGGAACCCAAGCCCGGCCAUGUCUGUACAUAAUAACGAAAGAAACCGGUUAUGCUGCGAGGGCGUUUACCUCGAUAGAUGUUGAAAAUGCCCACAGCAUUAUAAAUCAUUUGGACCGCCGAGGGGUCCAAAACUCCUCAAUCGAAGAGCUUAGUAGACAUGCCAGCAACCUACAGAGACUUCAAAUUCUCAGGAAACCUCUCUAGGACGGAAGCUUUAUACUCCGACAUCCACAAUUUACCACGCCCCUGAGAUCGACAAAGGUCUUUCUGAUAGAUUGACUUCCAGCCAAUUCGAUCUAUCGAAGCCGAGUGGGAAGAACAAAGAACUGAAACCCCAUGGUCGCAACGAUGCUCCUCGCGGACAAGGGAGAGUUAGGGCCAUCGGUGGUCACAAGACUGGAUAAUAUUUAUUUUUUAAGCGUUGAGGUUGUCACGAAAGCGUACUGUAACGGGACUAUCAGAUUUGAGUGAUUUGAUUUUGUGAUUUGCAGUUCACGUGAUUUUAUUGUGAUUUUAGACUGUAAAAACUAUAAAGGUUCAAGUUGAACUAUCGUCGCCAUGAUUAUGUAUUUUGGAACUGUUCACGUUGAAAUUGCUUCGUUAA